AUGUCUAAGUUGAGGGCAAAAAGUAAAUGCAAGGAAAAAGAGAAGCAUGAUAUGAGCAAUGUAGUAAUGCAGGCAAUGCCUAGGAGGAAGUACUGGAGGAUUAGUGGUGCCAGGAAAGAGAUACGGACUGACAAGACUGAGGAGACUGGCCUCAUGAAAAACAGUAAAACACUUUCUGACCUGGACUUGACUGAGGAGACUGGCCUCUUAAAAAACAGUAAAACAAUGCAUGACAUUAGAAUGACUGAGGAGACUGGCCUCGUGAAAAACAGUAAAACCAAUGUUGACCCUGAGGAGCCUGCCCUCAGAGGAAGUCAGUGUACCUGCAAUGCUCUUGUUAUGCUGAUUAAAAGUUAUGAAGGGUUUUCAUUCUCAACAGAAUUUAUUGAUAGCACUUUAAUAGCAGGGGAUCAGGUUUAUGUUAUGUUGGUCAAGAAUUUGCAGCAAAGACAAAUGUUUCUAAACAAGCUACUUAAACUGGAUGAGUUGCCAAGUAACUUAACUUUAGGAGAAAAUCAUCAUGUCAUCGAGAGAUUUGAAACCAUGUGGGGAUUACUUGUCUCUGAAGAACAAAUUAGUCAAGUGAAAUCAUUGCAUCAAGCUUUAGAAGAGGCUUUCCAGGUUUCUAGAUAUUUGCUGAUAAUGAUAGGGGCAAUUUGUUCUGGUGUAUACAAAGUGUCAGACAAGGAAUAUUACUUUUUUGACUCUCAUUCACAUGACAGUGCUGGCAUGUCUUCCUGUGAUGGUAAAUCAGUACUAGUACAAAGCACGGGUAUUGAUGAUUUGGUAUCAUAUCUGUACAGUAUGUAUAACAGUAUGCAUAUAGACUUUGCAAUGCAGUUUGAAAUCUUACCAAUCUCAAUUAAAACUUUGCAUCAUAGUUUUCCAGAGAAAAGUCCACUGCAGAAAAUUUUUUACAGAAUGGAUGAUCAUCUCUCAUCUGUUACAAAUCCAGAUCAAAACCAAUGCAGAAAAAGGUAUAUGAGAGAGUACAUGAGGAGAAAAAGACAAAAUGUACAGUUUAAGCAAGUAGAAAGAAGCAAAGACAUACAUGCAAAAAAGUUGAGAAGACAAAAUGAUGAUAUAAAAAGCAGAGAAACUGAAACUGCAACAUUUGCAAGGAAAUUAAAAAGGCACAAUGCUGAAAUAAGACAGAAAGAAAAGGAAAGAGAUGCAGCUGCAAGAAAAUUAAAAAGACAAGAUGCUGACAUUAAAGAGAAAGAAAGGGAAAUGGAUAAGUUUGCAAGAAAGUUAAAAAGACAAGAUGCUGAAAUUAAAGAGAAAGAAAGGCAAAUGGAUAAUCAUGCAAGAAAGUCAAAGCGAAAAGAUACUGAAAUUAAAGAGAAAGAAAGGAAAAUGAAUACUGCAGGAAGAAAGUUAAAAAGACAAGAUGCUGAAAUUAAAGAGAAAGAAAGGGAAAUGGAUAAGUUUGCAAGAAAGUCAAAGCGACAAGAUACUGAAAUUAAAGAGAUAGAAAGGAAAAUGAAUACUGCAGGUAGAAAGUUAAAGCGACAAGAUGCUGAAAUUAAAGAGAAAGAAAGGGAAAUGGAUAAGUUUGCAAGAAAGUCAAAGCGACAAGAUACUGAUAUUAAAGAGAAAGAAAGAAAAAUGAAUACCGCUGGUAGAAAGAUGAAAAGACAAAAUGCUGAUAUUAAAGAGAAAGAAAGGAAAAUGAAUACUGCAGGAAGAAAGUUAAAAAGACAAGAUGCUGAAAUUAAAGAGAAAGAAAGGGAAAUGGAUAAGUUUGCAAGAAAGUCAAAGCGACAAGAUGCUGAAAUUAAAGAGAAAGAAAGGCAGAUGGAUAAGCUUGCAAGAAAGUCCAAGAGACAAGAUGCUGAAAUUAAAGAGAAAGAAAGGGAAAUGAAUACUGCAAGUAGAAAGUUAAAACGUCAGAAUGUUAAAGUGCAAGGAAAAGAAAAAGAGGGCAGUAGAAUUUCAAAAAGAAAAUGCAGAGAGAACCCAAUUGUUCUUGAAAGGGAAAGGUUAAAAAAGCAAGCUAAACGAAGCAACAUUUCAUUUAGAGAACAUGAGAGAUUGCUUAAUAGGGAACAGAAACAGAGGCAAAGAGAAGAUAAAGAAUAUUGUGAAAAAGUAAAUGAACAACGGAGACGGAAAAGAUUUGGAAUAGAUAUAGAGGAUUGCAUCCAAAAUUUUCAUGAACAGAUAAAACAUGGUCCAAUUUUUGUAUGCUCAUGUUGUCAGCAAACAUGGUUCGAAGAAAGUGUUUCUAAAGUGGAAAACAUCAAACUAGAUGAUGAAUUUGAUAUUCAACCUACUGUAAAUAGCCUGCCAAGAAAAUUAGAUGAAAAUGUCACAGUUCCUGUCAAAUUAAAGAAAAAGUUGUCAUAUCAAAAAUGUGAUUAUCAUGAAAAUGUUCGACCAACAAAAAAAUUACAACUUCAGCAACUAGUCAGAACACAGACAAGAAGCAACCAAAAUACUGAUGAUGAUGAGACGGUUGAUGAUGAUGAUGAUGAAUUCUGUGAAGUAGAUGGAGUUGGUAGAGAUGGUAAUUGCGAUACUCUGUUAGAUGAUGCUUCAAGAGACAUGAAUCAGAUUUACACAUUUGCUCCAGGUGAAGGACAACGCCCACUUAGUUUAUACCAAGACCAGACAGCUGAGUAUUUAUCAUUUCCAACAAUUUUUUGUGGAAAGGGAAGAUUACAAGAUGACAAGAGACAAGUACAUGUGUCCUAUGCAGAUAUUGCUAAAUGGGAAUUAAGAAGUGUUGAUAGACGUGCUGCUCAGUCUGUUCCAAAUUUGUUUUUCAAGUUGAAAAAAAUACAAAUGAAGCAAGUUACAGACAAAUGCAACCUGGCUCUUAGGAAAUGUAAAACCAAAGGAAGAUCCAUAACAGCAAAUGAAAUGAAAAAUUCUCAAAAUGUGAAUAAUCUUGUCAGACACGAUGAAGGUUUCUUUGUGUUCAGGCAGUUACGAAAUUCACCUGCAUAUCUUGAGACUAGAAAAAAGGAUGUGUUUGCUAUGAUCAGACAGCUAGGUCUACCAACGUGGUUUAUGUCACUGUCUGCUGCAGAUACAAGAUGGAAUGAUCUCAUCAGAGCACUUGGGGUAUUAAAUGAUGGAAAAGAAUACACUGAUGAGGAAAUCAAUAGCAUGACUUGGUUUGAAAAAUCAAAAUUAGUACAAAAGGAUCCCAUCACUUGCUCUAGGUACUUUGAUCAUAGAUUCCGUUUGUUCAUGAAUUCAGUGUUGAGAAGUGAUCAUCAUCCAAUUGGUAUUGUAAAAGACUUCUUCUACAGAACUGAAUUUCAACAGAGAGGAUCACCACACAUUCAUAUGAUUGUUUGGAUAGAAAAUGCACCAAAAUAUCAUGAAAAUAAUGAACAGGAGAUUGUAAAUUAUGUAGAUAAUUACCUGAAAUGUGAAAAGAAUGAAGAAGAUAGUUUGUCUGAGUUACAAGUGCACAAACAUUCACAGACAUGCAAAAAGAGAGGCAAAGCUGUAUGUCGAUUUGGUUUUCCCCUCCCUCCUCUUGAAGAGACUUUGAUUUUGGAGCCACUAGAGUGUGAUGUUGAUAAGUACAAGAAGAUGUAUGAUGACAUUCAGAAACAGCUGAAUGAUAUGAAAAAUGGAUGUGAUUUGCCUUACAAGGAACUCCUGAGUACAGUACUUCAGAUUUCUGAGGAAGAUUACAUUAAAUGCAUUAGAAGUUCACUAAGAGGUCCAAAGGUUUUUCUUAAAAGAAGUCCAUGUGAUGUGAUGGUAAACUCGUACAACAGUGUUGUUCUUAAUGCUUGGAAAGCUAACAUAGACAUUCAAUAUAUUUUGGACCCAUAUGCCUGUGCAAUGUAUAUUGUUUCCUAUAUAAGUAAAUCACAAAGAGGGAUGAGCGAUUUACUUAACAGAGCUGCAAAAGAAGCUAGAGAAGGAAAUCUUGACAUAAAAAGACAGGUACGUCAUAUUGGGAAUCAUUUUCUCAACAGUGUAGAAGUUGGAGCUCAAGAAGCAGCAUAUUUAGUGUUACAAAUGCCAAUGACAAAAGCUUCAAGAGAUGUUGUUUUUAUAAACACAAGUCCAUCAGAUGACAGAGUAAUUCUGAUCAAAACAGAUGCCGAAUUAGAAAAGUUGACACCAAAUUCUACAGACGUGAAAUGUAGCAAUGUUAUCAAACGGUAUGCAGAACGCCCAAAGCAGCUUGAAAACUGGUGCUUAGCUGAUUACGUAUCACAGCUAGAUGUUGUCUUCCCUAAAGAUGAUGAAAAAGAGUUCACUGAAAAUGAAGUGAAUGAUGAUGAUCAGGACCAUCAGUCAGAUGAUGAAGACAAUUCAGAUGUUGACUUUAGUGAAAGUGAUACACUUUUGACUUUGAGAAACGGCAUAAAAAUUAAACGACGGAAAGUACCAAGGGUAAUCAGAUAUGUCCGAUUUAAUAUCAAAACUGAUCCAGAAAAUUACUACAGAGAAAAACUUAUGUUGUUCAUGCCUUGGAGAAAUGAAUUCACUGAUCUGAUAUCAGGAAUGGACACAUCUGAGAAGUCAUUUCAUCAGAAGAAGUCAUUUCUUACACACAAGGUCAAGGAAUAUGAAUUCAAUGCUGAACAGCUUGAUGCAGCUUUGCAAAUGGCAAAUGAGGACUUUUCAGAAGCUUUUGAUGAAUUGGCACCAGAUGCUCAGCAAAGAGAGGCAGAAGAUGAAAAUGAGGGAUCUCUUGAAUCUGAAGUCUUUGUUCAAUUUAAUCCUGAGAGGCCCAUUGAACAGAGACAGUAUGAUAUAGGAUCUGACCUUGGCAUUCCAUCAACAAGACAAAUAACUGAAGAAAGUUCUGUUAGAUUACCAGACAAUGAAUACUUGAAUCUCUUAGGAAGUCUAAAUGUAAAGCAGCGGGAAUUUUUCAAGCAUGUCCUGCACUGGGUAAAAACCAAGACAGAACCUAUUUAUUCCUUUUUGUCUGGAGGUGCUGGUGUUGGCAAAUCUGUUUUGAUAAGGGCACUUUAUCAAGCUCUGCACAGAUACCUAUGUUCCACAGAGGGUGAAAAUCCAGAUGACAUAAGAAUACUUCUUUGUGCUUAUACUGGCAAGGCAGCAUACAACAUUGGAGGAGCAACUAUAGCAUCUGCUUUCCAUCAAAAAAUUAAUCAAAGUCAACAAAGUUUGCACUCUGACGAAUUGAACACUUUUCGUACAAAGUACCAAAACCUGAAAGUAAUCAUUAUUGAUGAGAUAUCAAUGGUGGGAAACAGAUCAUUAGCACUCAUUGACAGUCGUCUACAACUUCUCACAGGCAUCAAGAAACCAUUUGGUGGUAUAAGUAUCAUUGCUGUUGGUGAUUUUUUCCAACUUAAGCCUGUGAUGGACCGUUGGAUCUUUCAGGAUUUAACUCAUGAUGCCCAAGUUCUUGCAAGCAAUCUUUGGAAGGAGCAUUUUUCUAUUUUUGAGUUGGAUGAAAUCAUGCGCCAAAAAGAUGAUAUUGAGUUCGCUCAACUUCUGAAUCGCCUUCGUUACAAUGCAAUGACAGCAGAAGAUAUGAAUGUGAUACACAGAUGCAUGAUUACAGAAACAAGUGACAAUUAUCCCCAUCAUGCUCCUCAUCUCUUUACACAGAACUCUAAAGUAGAUGCAUACAACAAUCAGUUGAUUGAAAAUCUUGGAGGAGAAAAGGUCACAGUGAAUUCAGUUGAUUCUGUUAUUAAAGAUUAUUCAAAAGAAGUUAAAGAAAAACUGUUAAGAUCUCUUCUUAAAGCAGAUGAUGUAAGCAAAACUGCCAAUUUGAUGCAAAAUUUGAUUCUUGCUGUUGGGAUGAUAUAUGAUAUCUCAGUCAAUGUUGAUGUAUCUGAUGGUUUGACAAAUGGUUCAUCAUGUAAAGUGCAAUUAAUUGAAAGGAGAAUGGAAGGUAUAUCAAGGCCAAACAUAGUUUGGGUUGAAUUUUUUGACUCUGGAAUUGGAAAAACUACUCGAAGGAAAUACAGACAUUUAUUUCAUGAAGGAAUUUCUGAGAACUGGACACCAAUUUUUGAAGUUCAACGGUCUUUUCUUUUGAAUUACAAUACUUUUCAGAGAAUCCAAUUUCCAUUACGGCCAGCUGCAGGAAAAACAAUUCAUAAAGCCCAAGGUUGCACAGUUGAUGAAAUUGUAAUUGAUAUGUCUCAAACAAAAGUGAGGAAAAUUCCCCACAUCCACUAUGUAGCACUUAGUCGGGUAAGGUCAGUAGAUCAUCUGCAUAUUCUAAACUUCAAUGAGCAGGCAUUAUCUAUGGAUGAACAAGUCGUAGAUGAAAUGGAGAGAAUGAAAAAAGAGGUGCCACUCCAACUUUGUUAUGUCCCAAUAUACCAGGUUGAUUUGCAUCGUUUAAAGAUUGCUUUUAACAAUUGUAGAUCUCUUCACAAACACUUUCCGCAAAUUCAAAAUGAGCCAAACAUUCUUGCCUCAGAUGUAGUUGGAUUUUCAGAGACAAGAUUAACUAGAGCAGAUGUGGAAAAUUAUCAACUUCAGGGAUAUACAGCAAUAUUUAACCAUGAAACUUUAGAUAGUUCUGAUAGACGUCCACAUCAUGGAACAGUACUGUAUGUGAAAGACAUUUACAAGACAACUUGCAUCUCAAAGAUGUGA